GAGCCAAGUCGUCACAUCACCGAGCUCCCGACGUUGGCAGAGCCCAGACAGCGAUCGCAGGGUGCAGUGCUGGCUGGCGACUGGUUGGCGGCAGUGGCGCCGCUGAUGAGGCAGCUCUCCCCGAGUGCUCAGACUUGGUGGGCCCAGAAUCUGAAAGAGGCAGAAGACCACUAUGAGCGGUGGCUGCGUGCGACGCCUCAGCAGAGACUGCAAGUGAAGGCGUCUACGAUGGCGAAGAGUUUUGAGGCUGGGAAGUACUGCCUUGUGGAGCAGAGAGGAGUGCAGCUCCUUUUGAAGGCGGUCCCCGAGGCCUUCAGAACGGAUUUGAUAGCGACGAGGACGCUGGCGGUCAACGCCAUUGUGUUUGCCAUCUUGUGUAGAUGGCAGCCCGGAGGCAAGCUGGAGCGUGCCCAGGUGUUGGACUAUCUGGUCCACCCAGAAGCUUCCAGCUCAGUGGAGGAGACGGUGGAGGGCAUUCGCAAGUGGCGACGCAUGGUGUUGAGAGCGAGCGAGCUCGGAGCAGUCCUCCCGGACUCCAGUUUGCUCUUGAAGGGGCUUGAUUCGUUGACCCAGUCUGGCCUGGGGGAUCAUCCGGUGGUUUCCUUCCGUGUGGCUGCGUACCGGAAUGAGUCCAGUGUUGACUUCGCCCCCACUCAAGCCAAGGUUGCCGAGUUAGCCGAGUACUUGUUGGCCGAGUACGAGGCCCUCUCCAUCCAGGAAGAUCCCCGUGCCCAGGGACCCAAGCGACAGCGUGCCGCAGCAGUGAAAGCGGCUGCCAAGGCCGAGGCAAGGACAGGACCGUCAAUGCCGACUCCAAGUGCGAAGAGUGCCGACUCGGCCCCGAAGGGAGGAAAGGGGACGAAGGGGUCCGGAAAAGGUGGGAAAACGAAGAAGGGUGAGGGAGCCGCAAAGCUCCAGAAGGCUCAAGAGGCAACCAGUGAGGAGGCCCAGGAUGCAACGUCAGGGGCCCAGCCGACCACCACCGCCGAUCUGCUCAAGGAGGCCACCGAGGUCAUCAGGUCACUCAAGCUCAAAGCCCUGGUGGUGAGGCAGGGAAGGUUUCCUCCCGAACGUGCACUGGAAGUCGCGACUGAGGGCUUAGAGGGAACCGGGCUCCUUGAUACGGGGGCGUCCACGUCCAUGAGGCAAGCCAGGCCAGGGGAGCUUGAUGAAGGGUGUGAGUUGCGUAAUGUGAACUUGGCAGUUGGAACUGUUAAGCUUUUUGUGAAUCCGGGUGGGACGUUGUUGUCUACGGAGGAUAUUGAUCCUUUGGUGUCCGUUGCGGAUUUGGUUGACAUGGGGUGUCAGCUGUCGUGGUGUGGCCAUGAGUGCAUCUUGAACCACCCCGAGCGGGGCACCAUCCGGCCAUCGACCCUCAAUAGGUGCCCUGAGGUCCCUCGUGAGUUGGCGCUGGAGUUGAUUGGUGACAUCGAGGUCUACCGAAAGGCCCAGCGUAUUGUGAUUAAGGCACUUCGGGACGAGGCGGCCUCCCUGAGCUCCCAGGACUUUGCCGUGUUGCAGCAUCGGCUGUGUCAGGCCGCUCGUGGUGAUGAUAAGGUUGGGGUGCUCAUGUCUGCGUGGCUGAGCCACAAGUUCGGGGAUCUCCCCGCGUGCCUAGUGGAUAGCAUCGCACUACAAUCAGACCGGCUUGGGGCCGGUGCCGCCUCCAAGUGGAACCGCAGGGUUCGGAGGGCCUGUGAACGGGAUGGUGCGUUUGUUGUUGUGGGGCAUCCCAGAGCCUUCAAGGAAGCCGCUCGCCCGUGUGUUGUCUUGGAUGUUGAGACCAAGGAACUGUGCGAGCCGGACACUUGGAGAUACUUGUUGAAGCUUGCUGUGGAUGGCAAGUUGCGAGGGGUGAUUGGAACAGCCCCGGCCGAUUUCAACCUGUGUGACACGUCGCUUCCGGUUGAAAGCAGAGAUGAUCUUGCGAGGGGGCGGCAGACCCUUGCCCUGAUGGUGUUGCUGGAGCUUGCCGCGUGCUUUUAUGAGCCUUUGGUGUGCCUUGGCCAUCCGAGUGGCCAGCCCGCGGGAAUUGUUAAGUUCCCCAAGGUCAUACUUGAGCGACAACUGAACCGUGUGUUGUGCAAGGGCAAGGUGGAUUUGUUCACCAAUGCCGAGCUCCCGUCGGAAGCACUGUGCGAUGUGCCUUCAUUUGCGCCGGAAGCCACCUUGUGGAGUGGCUGUGUCCAGGAAGCAAUCUCAGUUGUUGUGCGGUCUGCGGUUGAGCUGCAGACAGGGAUGUUGAGUCGGGCUGCCACGUUCCGAGCCGCAGGCGUCAAGGCCGAUGCGUCGUUUCGACAGCACCUAGCCCAUGAUCACCUCCCCUGGCGACGUGAUUGUCGCCAUUGCGUUGAGGGAGGUAUUCAGUCCCGAAUGCACCGCCGCAUCAAAACUCCAGAAGGGUUUGUUCUGAGUGUGGACCUGCUUGGGAAAUAUGAGCGGGGUGUUAGUGAACAUCACCCUAAGGUAGUGUGGUGUCUUGUGGGUUGCUACACUGUGCCUGAGUUGUCUGUAGGGCCACAACGGGACCAGGUGACUGCGCAGGACCCCCACCAGGAGGUUUCAGGUGAGGCCGAGGCGCAAGACCUACCUUCAGACGUGGAUUGCGAAGAGUAUGCACCUUCGCUCCCGGGGGAGCCGCUCCUGGAUGAGGACCUUGAUGGUCUCUGGGCUCAUGAAGAGGAAGGGCCCAUGGAAUGGGAACAGGCGGAGGAGGAUUCUCGGGAAUUUGUUCGUGCCGCCGAUGCCGAGCUUCGUGAGGAGGAGGUCAUGAGCCGAGAAUGGGCCGAUCAGGAGAAGGAGCGCCUGAGGACCUCUAAGAUGUACGAGCUGCCGUUUGUGGUGCCCCUCCCGAACAAGCGGGAAGAAACCGUCCUUGAUGGGAUCGCGUUCAUGAUUACCCAGAUCCAGGCCCUUGGGUAUUGUGUGACUCGGCUCCACAGUGACCGAGGCAGAGAGUUCUGCAACAAGCGUCUCCGCUCGUUCCUCCGCCAUCGAGGGAUCUUCAAGACCACUAGCGAAGGAGACCAUUAUCAGCAGAACGGGCGAGUUGAAGGUAUGAUCAAUCGGAUCAAAAGACAGGCGAGGGUACUGAUGACGGCAGCGUCUGUGGAACAUCGGUACUGGCCGUUUGCCCUGCAGCAUGUUGCCGCCAGGAUGAGGUCGAGGCUCAGUCCCGCUCUUGGGGGACCCCCCAGCAAUGUUCUCCCCUUCGGCACCAAGGUUUAUGUGAGAAACCGAAGGUGGAACAGGAAGGGCCAGAGAUGGGCAGCUAGGGGUCUAGUGGGUACGGUAUUGGCUCCGUCGGUUGAGGUUACUAAGGGGCAUGUGGUGCUGUUGAGCGAUGGUAGGUUAAUGAUAACCACGACCUUGCUCACCGAAGUGAUGGACCCAACCGAGCCAGUUCCCAGUGAAGAGGGGGACAUGCAACCCCUGCACAGGGACCUACCGAUAGAUGAACGACCGGUGCCCAUCAUCUCCCACCGCAUUCCUUCCAAACGCACCGUUCGGACGGUUAGAGAGGUCUCGCCCGUGUUGCAGGAGGAGGAUGCUGAAGCCCUCCGGUUGGCCCGGAACCCCGGGACGUCUCUUCAAGAGCUUCGAGAUCAUGUUCUCGGGAGCCGUUGGAUGAGAACCGCGCGCCCAAGGAGCCGAGGCGAGGUGUUCCAAAGGAGACAUACCCAUACCUUGGGUUUUUUCCGCCAUGGAGGAGUGUUGGGCAUCACCGCAGAGUGUCGUCUGUUUCCAGGCUUCGUGGUGUUGUUGUCCCGCCUUGUGAAGGAAUGUGCCCCCGAAGCCAGAUGGACCACCCUAGCCCUCCUUGUGGAUGUAGACACAGCGGUGCACCGAGAUAAGAACAACCUGCCGGGGUAUAAUAAUGUCCUUGUGCCCCUAUGCAUCCCGAAGGUGGGGGGAGGUGUUUGGUGCCAGGCCGAAAAGGGGGGGGACCAGAGGUGCUUGAAUAAUGGAAAGAUGAUUGCAGGGGAACUGUGGCCGCUGCAGGUGUUGGUGCCCUUCGAGUUGGAUCCACGCAAGUUUCAUGCUUCACAGCCAUGGUCGGAAGGAUCACGUGUGGUUUUGGUUGCCUAUAGCCUAACUGCCAUUCAACGCGCAGAGCAAAAUACAGUGUGGAGGCUGAGGCAGGCCGGUUUCCAACUGCCUCGAGAGGCGCCCUUGGAAAUGAAGCAAGACUGUGACUGCGUAGAACGGGAACCCACGGUUCAGGUUGAGGAGUUAGGUGCGGCGGCCCCUCUGGAAAAGGGUUGCCCUCGAGUCGCCAAGCUCGAUACCAACGACCGAGCGGAUGUCGCGGUGCCGACCCCCGUCUGGAGACAGAGGUUCACCGUGUUGGAUGAUGCUCAAGCUGAGCGUGCAAGGAGACAGGGAGUAAGGAGACCGCGUUCUGAGUGGCGGGAAAUUCGGGUUGGGCCACACUAUGGUGAUUUAAAUCACGUCAGGGAUAGGCCCCUUUCAGCGUUUGCCCUCUCGAUGUACUUGGCCAGAAAUAGGUCUUGGGAAGAGACUCCGCUGCUUGAGGUGAUCUGGGGAGGUUAUGAAAACCCGGUACCAUGGUUGUUUGGGUUUCAGCCGUAUGGUUUGACCGAGCGCAACACCCAGUUUGAGCUCGACCGGUUGGGAGAAGUUCACAGUAUGGUGAGGAUCGGAUACGAGGAUGCACCCAAUCUGCAUGGGUACCUGUUCCGAGCGUCCUUUGGGGAUGAAGAGCCUAAGUGGUACUUCAUUGAAUCAAUGAUGACCUUGGAGGAUCGGUUUUUAUCUGCCGAAGCUGUGGGACGAGAUCCCAUUCCCAAUCCUCAACAUCACCCGGGGCACCCACCUCGAGUAGCCUCGCUUCGGGACAGGCAGCCGCAUUCAGCAAAGGCAUCAGGUGUCCAAGUGCAGACGCAUUCAGCAAAGGCAUCAGGUGUCCAAGUGCAGACGCAUUCAGCAAAGGCAUCAGGUGUCCAAGCGCAGCCGCAUUCAGCAAAGGCAUCAGGUGUCCAGACGCAGCCGCAUUCAGCGAAGGCAUCAGGUGUCCAAGUGCAGACACAUUUCGCGAAGGCAUCAGGUGUUCAAGAGCCGCAUUCAGCGAAGGCAUCAGGUGUCCAAGAGCCGCAUUCAGCGAAGGCAUCAGGUGUUCAAGAGCCGCAUUCAGCGAAGGCAUCAGGUGUGCAUCUACGGAUGAUUGAGGAAACAUCUGGUAGCGUAGGGUGGAGUGGAGUGUCAAGUCCGGAAGUAGCGGGUCCUUGCGCAGAGUGGGCAGAAGCUGAAAGAUCCAGUGGGGUUGUACCGCCCGAUAAAGAGCUUCAGACACGCGUGUGGAUAUCCAGCAACCUGGAGGCGAGCGAAGGGAAUCUGGUGUGGUUGAAGUGUAGGGAGGUUUUGUCCAAGGCCUCUAGCGCCGCUCAGGAGGAGGCAAGUCGCUACUAUAGGUCCUGGAAGUCACAAGAGCCCAUCAGUAAAACUGAAGGUGUGAGCCCUCACGCAGCAUGGAUGGGUUUGGGACUCGUCGUCCUCGACCAUGCAGCACGGGGGACCAUCAAUGAGCAGUGUGAGCCGCUCGACGAGUUCCCCCAGGAACUCCCGAUGUCCGACGAGCUGGCAGAGGCUGUCCAUUGGGCCUCCACUCAGGUACCACGCUCCGAGACCCAGGGAUUUGUCGAGGGCCGAGUGCACCAAGGCAUCAGGCGCAGGUUUGGCUACCGACCAGAGACAAUUGGGGGUACCCUCGACCCCAGCCGAUUUCCCCGUCUGUACGAACAGGGAGUCACCCCGGAGCAGUUCUUGGCCAUGAGAGAGCGAGUGUCUGGUCUCUCGUUCAUACAGAGGAUCAUAGUGACUCGCGCUGUCACCGCCGGUGGCAUUGUGGACCCACCGAGGAUGUCGCAACGGGGGGAGAGCGACUUCGCCCGGGAGGUCGAGCAGGCAGAGGCGGAGAGGCAAUUAGCAAGAGAGCGCGUGGCUGCGCUUCGUGCUCCGAGCGGAGCUGAACCAGAAGGCGAUGCCAGUGAAGAGGAGGGACGGUCCGAUGACGAUGUGGUGGCCGGAGACUGGGAGGAUCUAGAAGGGGAGCGAACAGAGGAAGGGACUCACUUCUUUGAGGUGCCUCUUGAGUGCAGCCGACUCCACCGGGCCGACACAUUCCCCCUCAGCAACCAACCCGGAGUGUGCGAACUGGUAGCCGCAGCUAUUCCCCUCGCCCUAGACGAGGAUGCGAGGGAGGAGCUCGAUCGUUGUCAGCUCAGGCUUCAGGCGCUAGUUAAGCGUGAGAGCAACCUACAUGUGCAGGCGGUAGUGUGUGACUCCGCCAAUGGAGGGGAACGUGCUGAGUCCCUUCGCAGUGCCGCACAGCAGGUGGAACAUGCGACCCAGGACCUUCAACACUCCUAUGACGAGGUGUUGCAGACACAUGUGGUGCCCAACGCCGUUGUUGAGCGUGACCCCAGCGAGUGGGUCGGCCCGAUGAAGGAGGAGUACGAGGGUCUGCAAAGGGCAGUCAAGCCGCUGAGCGAAGCGAUGUUGGAACAGUGGAGGCGCGAAGGUACCCCGUGUGAGGUGAUACCAGCCAAGGUUAUUUGCAGCAUCAAGGCGCCCAAGGGGCGUCGCAAGGUGCGAUGCGUGUGUUGCGGAAACUUUGCCCGCAGUGACCGCUGGUCACGAGCAGACACCUACUCCGGAGGGAUCGACGCCGUUACCCUGCGAACGCUGCUGAGGUUCGCAGGGCUCAGAAGGCUUGACCUGGGGAUCAUAGAUGUCAAGCAGGCAUUCCUCUCAGCACCGUUGUUGUCAAACGGGGUGCAGAUCGUCGUCAUGACCCCCGCCAUGUUCAGACGGCACGGGAUAUGCGAGGAAAAGUAUUGGUCUGUGCAUCAAGCCCUGUACGGGCUGACUAUCAGCCCCCGCAGCUGGUCCGUACACCGGGACGGAACCCUCAGCGAGCUGCGUUUCGACAUUGAUGGUGCCCCAGUGAGGAUUUGCCCGAUGACCAGCGACCCGAACAUUUGGACUGUAUACCGUGAGGAAGACAACAGUGUCGUUGUGUACCUUGCGCUGUGUGUCGAUGACAUGUUGGCGGUUGGGGAAACUUCACAUGUCAGCCAGACCUUGGACAAGCUGUGUCAGGUCUGGAAGUGCACCGAGCCCGCACUGCUCUCUGAGACCGGGUCGGUUACCUUUAACGGGUUCGAGGUGUCUUCAGGUUUGGAUGGUACCCUGUAUGUGCACCAGACCAGAUACAUUCAGGAACUGUUGCAGAGGUAUGAGGUUGGGGAGCCUUUGCAAGUGCCAUGUGAGGGUCAGCCACAGACCCCAGAUGAAGAGGACCUAGGUGGUUUUGAAGGCCGUGUGCAGAAGGCCCAACAGCUCGGGGGAGAGCUGUUGUGGCUGUCCACACACAGUAGAUGCGACCUCGCCUACUCUGUGUCAGUCAUCUCCGCAUGGAUGACCAAGUACCCCACCGCGGCCAUCGAGCGAGGCAUCAAGGUUCUCAGAUAUCUUAAAGCCUACCCAGAGGUGUGUUUGAAGUAUGGGACGGCACCCAACGACAAGGGCCCCGAGGGAGCCCUUAAGGUUGAGAGAUCAGAAAGCCUUGUAGAAGGGUACAGCGACGCCUCGUUUGCACCGGAGAGCUCUCGCUCACAUGGAGCCUUCCUGACUGUGUGGGCCGGUGCCACAGUAAACUGGUGCAGCAAGAAACAAGCCUACAUGACGAUGUCAACGUGUGAAUCAGAGCUUGGGGCUCUGAGCGACUCGGGGCAAGCUGUCAUAUCCAUUUGCCCCUUGAUCAACGAGUUCCUGUGGGGCCGUGCGAAGAUUCAGCCAAUGGCUCUGCUGCAGGAGCAAGGGCAUCUCAUCCCAAGAACUCAGGUUGUGCUGUACACCGACAACACAGCAUCGGUGGCAGUGGUGUCCCUCCCGGGAGGAACAUGGCGCACACGGGGGCGGCGGGACAACCCACUGCUGGAGACGAGCGAAGUUGACGCUGCGGUGUUUGGCUACGAGUUCUACGAGGCGGCGGCGCACGGAACGUUCGUGCGAUAUGGGGAUGAUGCCAUGAUGGCGUUUCCCACAGAGAUGCACGGACAGGCAUCGUCGUCAGCAGGGGCGUGGUUGGGGCCAAUGAGAGUGCCACGGCCUACCCAGGACCCACAGGAAGAGGCCCCUAGUCUUCCGCUGUGCGUUACGAAUGCAGGGGGAUGUUUUCAUCGGAUGGGAUGCUCCCAACUGGUGCAUUGCACCAACGUGUCGUCCUACGAACCGUGUGCCCGGUGCAUUACAGAUCCCACCCUGGAGUGGGUGAGCAGUCAACCUGCUAUGUGGUUUUGGACAUCGCGGUACCAUGUCGCCGGAUGCACCCUACGACACAAUGGGGGAACUCGGUACGUACCGUGCAGGCACUGCUUGCCUGGAGUGCGUAAUCGUCGCGGAAACAGGGGUGGAUAG